AUGAGUCUACCGCUUACAAGAAAAGAUCUCAUGAUAGUCAAUAUGGGCCCUCAGCACCCAUCAAUGCAUGGUGUUCUUCGACUGAUCGUUACUCUCGAUGGUGAAGAUGUUAUUGAUUGUGAACCCAUAUUAGGCUAUUUACACAGAGGAAUGGAAAAAAUCGGCAAAUAG